CCCCAGCAAGCCGUGGUGGGCUCCGCCGGAGCCCCCGCCUUUGGGGGCUCCCUGGGGCUGGGGGGCCUCUACGGCGCCGGGGCCACCCAGGGCUCGGGGGGCCUCUGCACCUUUGGCAGAGCUCCCGCCUGCAGCCCUUGUGUCCUGCCCCGCUCCUCCAGGAGGAUCUGGGACACCUGCGGGCCCUGCUAG